AUGGGGAAGCAGAACAGCAAACUGCGGCCGGAGAUGCUCCAGGACCUGCGGGAAAACACCGAGUUCUCCGACCUGGAGCUUCAGGGCUGGUACAAGGGUUUCCUAAAGGACUGUCCCUCGGGCAUCCUCAACGUGGAGGAGUUCAAGAAGAUCUACGCCAACUUCUUCCCCUACGGCGACGCCUCCAAGUUCGCCGAACACGUCUUUCGCACCUUCGACACCAACGGCGACGGCACCAUCGACUUCAGGGAGUUCAUCAUCGCCCUGAGCGUCACCUCCCGCGGGAAGCUGGAGCAGAAGCUCAUGUGGGCCUUCAGCAUGUACGACCUGGACGGCAACGGCUACAUCAGCCGGGAGGAGAUGCUGGAGAUCGUGCAGGCCAUCUACAAGAUGGUCUCCUCAGUGAUGACCAUGCCCGAAGACGAAUCCACUCCGGAGAAAAGGACGGAAAAAAUCUUCCGCCAGAUGGACACAAAUAACGAUGGAAAGCUCUCGCUGGAGGAGUUCAUCAAAGGCGCCAAGAGCGACCCGUCCAUCGUGCGCCUGCUGCAGUGUGACCCCAGCGGUGCCGCACAGCUCUGA